AUGGUCAUUUGUUUUUUAUGCUACUUUACAUCAAAUGCAAAAACAUGCAGUGAUUGUAACUCAACUACUAGUGCAGACUGCAAUCCAAAGCAAGGCUACGUACUGUGCUCUUGUAAAAGUGGUUAUGUUGGAAAUGGUGUAAACUGCACAAAAUUGGUGUUUUGUGACAGAACAUGCUGUCCUCCAGGAUACACGUGGGACACUACAAGAAAAUUAUGUGUGGAUGUAAAUGAAUGCCAAACUACUUCAGCGUACACAUGUCUUACCCAAUCUCAAUGCAUAAAUAAGAAUGGCAUCUAUAUUUGCAAUGCAACCGCAAACCCGUUAUGUCCUACAAAUACCUGUGAUGCUGGUCAGGACUGUGUAAGAUCUGGCAGUGGAUCUGAGGUUCAAUGUAUUGAUCCUUGUGAUGAUUAUGUAGAGAUUGAUGGAUCACAAAGGCUUUACACUAUAAACUCUGUUGGAAGAUUCCCCACCGACAGAUACUAUUUCGGCUGGUACCGUUAUGCCAAUAACCUAAGACUAAGAGAAGGAUUUGUUGGUGCCCUGAAGUGUGGUUCUGUUCAGCCCUUUUCUUUGAGAAGCCAUCCAACUGUUAGCGAAGGCGUGAAAUCUGUUUCUCUUUUAACUAACGGACUGACAAUGAACUCAACUGGACCAUCUAUUCUAGUGAAAGCUUGUCCUGCGGGGUAUUAUGUGUACAAGUUUUCUGGGCUGCUGACAUUUGAUGUCUAUUGCACAGAUUUGCCUCCAACUACUACUUCAACAACGACAACUACCACCACCACCACCACCACCACCACAACACCUACAACAACCACAACUACAACACCAACAACGAUCACUACUACCACAAUACCGACAACACCCACUACUAUCACAACACCAGAACCAACUACUACUACCACAAUACUGCCAACAUCUGCUACUACCACAAGCUCAGAAGCAACCACUACUACUACAACACCGCCAACUAGCACAACCCCAGAACCAACCACUACUACCACAACACCGCCAACUAGCACAACCCCAGAACCAACCACUACUACCACAACACCGCCAACUAGCACAACCCCAGAACCAACCACUACUACUACAACACCGCCAACUAGCACAACCCCAGAACCAACCACUACUACCACAACACCGCCAACUAGCACAACCCCAGAACCAACCACUACUACCACAACACCGCCAACUAGCACAACCCCAGAACCAACCACUACUACUACAACACCGCCAACUAGCACAACCCCAGAACCAACCACUACUACUACAACACCGCCAACUAGCACAACCCCAGAACCAACCACUACCACUACAACGCCACCAACUAGCACAACCCCAGAACCAACCACUACUACCACAACACCGCCAACUAGCACAACCCCAGAACCGACCACUACUACUACAACACCGCCAACUAGCACAACCCCAGAACCAACCACUACUACUACAACACCGCCAACUAGCACAACCCCAGAACCAACCACUACUACUACAACACCACCAACUAGCACAACCCCAGAACCAACCACUACUACCACAACACCACCAACUAGCACAACCCCAGAACCAACCACUACUACCACAACACCACCAACUAGCACAACCCAAGAACCAACCACUACUACCACAACACCGCCAACUAGUACAACCCCAGAACCAACCACUACUACCACAAUACCGCCAACUAGCACAACUCCAGAACCAACCACUACUACCACAAUACCGCCAACAUCCACUACUAGCACAAUACUGCCAACAUCCACUACUAGCACAACACUAGAACCAACCACUACUACCACAAUACCGCCAACAUCCACUGCUACCACAACAGCACCAACCACUACUGAAACUACUCCUUUACCUAAUUCUUCUACCCCCAAGGAAAUCACAACUGACCGUACUUCUUCAACUCCAAAUCCACUGUCUAGUACCUCAGCAAAUGCCACUACAGCUCUAACAACCGCCCCACCUACAAAUACAACACCAUGUAAAAAUACAACUACACCAGCACCUGUGAUACCAACAACAUCACAUUUUGUUGAAGAGAAUAUAACUGUUACAGCUGUGCAGAGUAAAAGCACACUAAGUGUCCGCAUUUUAACUCAAACAAUAAACAAUAAAGAAGUAAAAAGCCUGGAAAUAAAUGAAACCACAAUUGUUAAUAUUGAUAUGAGGACAAUAAGUUCUAGUCAUAUCUACAUUAAAAAAACAAAAUCCAUUUCCCCCACCUCCAUUUUAAUUCUUAUUGGCAGUGAUGGUCCCCAAACGUUUAGCAAUGCUACUGACACUGUAAUGACCACAACUGAAAGCACUAUUCCAAAUACUUCUAGUCCCACUGCAUACUGUAGUAGGCCUGCCGAGACCAGCACUGUUACACAGACAGGCGCAAUAGCUGGAAACACCUGCUCCAAGGUCACAUCGGCUUCUACCACAACCACUAUUACUACCACUGAGGAAGUUAUUGUGCUAGGCCCUGAUGGAUUUGCCAAAAGCUGCACGUACUUCUAACGUUUCUAAAUCUUUACUGCCACUGUUUUCUUCCUUUUUUUUUUUUUUAAUCAAGUUAAACAGUAAAAUCUUUCAUCUUAAUUUUUCUUCCUGCAACAUAUUAUUGACAAAAUGUAACAAUAUUGCAUAUAGAGCAGAAGUGAGAUAUACUCAACAUAUAUUAAUAUUGGAUUGGAGUGUAUUGAGGUACACAUUUAUGAGAAUGAAUGUUAAUAAUUAGAUUACAAUUGUAAAGGAAUUGUAAAGUCCCGAAGAAAGAAGCA